AUGGCAGAGGCGCAUGGCUUUCCAACAUCUGGCAGUGUCUGUGCACAUGGAACUAUCCAUCUGUCUUGGGCACUUCGACGUCGCAAACGGACACGGCCCAGGCGGAUUCGUGGCCCCAAUGGAAUCCGACCAGGAAGUCGGGUGCACGAAAUUUUGCUCCAGGAGGAGAUGGACAUCCCACAGCUCCAGGCGGAGUUGGCCGCGAAGGCCGAUGAGGUGGUGAGGAAAGGUCAUCGCUGCAAUGGCUCGGUGUUUGAUGGCGAGGUCUUUUGCGUCAGCAUGCCAUCGUGCAGAUCUCGGCGUCGCCAUAGCGAGCAAGAGUUGAUACGCUGGGGCUUCCCGGCCCCUCAUUUCGUCGAAGCAUUUGGACCAGAGGAUGAUGAGGUUCUCGAAUGGUUCAAUUCCCCGCGGGUGGCAAAGUUUCCGCCCUGCUUUCGCUGUGGUUUGGUCUCUGAAUGCUGCUGUGCCAACAACGAUAUGCUCCAAGAGCAGAUUGCCAAUUGGCUUUCUUUCCGGAAGGCUUGGGCAGAAAUUGCCAACUCCAAUAAGGAGUGGCACCUGCUGGUGGAGGAUGAUUUGAAGUUCACGCACAAAGCUGCGGAGUGUUGGAAUCAGCUCGUCACGCGAGAUCUUUUGAAUGAGCAUUCAGGAGUGCCGUGCGUCCUUCGCUGCGGUUGGCAGCUGGGAGUCGAGUAUUGUGAUGAUGACCCUCCAGAGCUUCUGCCGGAUGUGGUGCGGAUGUCCAACCAUUGCUCUUUGAUGAAUCGAUUGAUGGCGCAAGAACUCCUUCUUGGCAGCGAAGAACACAUUUCUGCCACUUCGGAUGUGUUUACACAUGAGAUUGUGGCGCCCAACUUCUGCCAUUUCACGAUGUUCCCGCCGAUAUCUUAUGACCUUUCCUUUGCACUGAAAGUUCCAUCCCUGAUUCGCCCCAAAGGCACCAUGGAUGACGACCUCCAACACGCCGUGGCCGUGGAUCGUGCGCGGCGGGUGGAGCCGCAGAAGAUCCGGGUCUGGCUGCAGAGCUUGGUGUGGCUGCGUGAAGUGAAUUGCACUUUGCCCUGCAUUCAUGGCUGGGAACAGCUUCAAGAUGGCCAGGAGGAGUUUCCAGUCAGAGUGGUUUGUGACCUUCGGGAGCCACCUGCCUGGAUUUAUGCGGCCUAUCGUUUCUUCGUGGGCCCUGCCGCCUUUCGACCACGGGAUUUCCGCCGCGUGGACUUGGAAUGGGUGGCAACGACUGACUUGGCAUUUCCGAUCUGA